AUGCCAACAACUUCGACACCUUCUAAACUAUCAAAUCUUAUCAAACUUGACAAGGAAUUAGCCUGGAUUGGCUCGCUAGAGAGUCUGAAAUUGUUUGUGCAAUCUGACUUGAAUAUCGAGGGACAAUGGUCGUCUCCUGGUGGAGAGGUAAAGCAAUUCACAAGUGAAAACUACACUAUGAAAUGGUACGGUAGAAAGAAGCAAAAGCUCGUGAUAACUCGAGACGAUAAGAAUGAAAGCCUUCGAGAAAAUCUUGCUAAAUUUGCCACGUUGAAUAAAGUCAUUAUUCAUGACGGCAAACAAUACGGCGAAGCAGAAGGGAAGCGAAGCGAAGGGAAUUCUAACAUGGACGUCGAAGUAAUUGAGAAUUCAUGGUCGGACGACGGCAAGUACGAUUCUGAUCACAUUACAGCAAAUCAAGAUGAUCCAAGUAGCUCUAAAAUUGAGACGGUUGUUGAGGGUGGACAUAAAUUCACAAGUUGUCAAUGUUAUUGCCGUGAUCUCGCGUUUCAACUCAAGCGUGUCGAACGCGACAUACAGCAGCUCAAAAAUCGAGCAGAAACUCGCGAUGGAAAUGAAAAUACUCGGUUAUGCAACACGAACACAUGCCAAAGUGAAAAAGCUCUCCUACGGUCGAAUCUGGAAGAAGCUAAUAACACAAUAAAAGAUCUUAAAGCGAAAAUCAUGUAUUUGGAGCAAGAGAAAGACAACCUCGCUACGGCUAUGACGCUACAACAAAAGGAUUAUCAAACCUGUCUUAAUAAUUUAAACCGACAAAAUAAUAAAUCAACUGAAACGUCCAAUAAUUACCAGGUGGUACAGGGAACCAAAAGUAGCAAUCGAAAACUGAAUGAAGGAAACACACCAAGUACCUAAGUGCUAAACACAGAAAAUCAGUAUCAAAGUUUGAGCGAUAUCCUAGAUGGCGAAACACAAACAGAAACCCGUAUUUAUAACCAUCCUAAGGGAAACGAGAAAAUCGAAAGCCAUGAUAUCAGCUCGGACGUUAUUAUCAUAGGCGAUUCCAUAGUUAAAAGUAUUCAACCUAGAAAGCUAACAAGAAAGAAGGUGCAUAAAUAUACGUUCCCGGGAAAAACCGCAGAUGAAAUUGAGAAGGAGAUUAGUUUUGAUAAUCUAAAAUCAAUCCCGUCCCAUGUAAUUAUACACGUAGGGACAAAUAAUCUCCCUUUGGAAUCUGCCACAGAAUGUGCCCAAAAGAUAGAAAAGCUCGCUAAAAAAACCAAGACACAAUUUCCUUACUCGAAAAUUGGUCUAUCUGGUCUAACGGGUGCGUCAUGAUAUUGCUAUGUUAGAAAAGAUUCAAGAGGUCAAUAAGAAAAUUGGGCACAUAUGUAAGAAAUUGGAAAUUUCAUUUAUUGUCAACUCAACUAUAGAUGAUACAUGUUUAAAUGGCAGUAAGCUCCAUCUAAACGCGAAAGGUUCGCCCAUCUUAGCGGUUCACUUUAUUAAUUUCCUCAAGGGAGGCAGUGCAUCAGCCUCACCACGGAAACAAAGACAUCAGGAUUUUUAGAGAUCAAUGAUUCAGAAACUUGGAGAACUGUUGGAAAUAAUUGUCCAACCACAGAAGAACAUCCACAGAAGAAAAAAUUAACUGACUUAACGUAUGGCACAGCAUCAGGUAUCUAUGACCACCCGCUGCAUGCUAUAACUAAAUUAAAAGGUUUUAAAAUGGCAAGUUUGAAUAUAAAUAGUCUGCUAAAACACAUAGAAGAGCUACGUGUACUUCUAGCCAAUUCUUCCAUAGAUAUUCUUGCAAUUAACGAAUCAAAAAUUGAUGAUUCAAUUCCCGAUAAUGAAAUUAAUAUAGUUGGAUAUAUUAUGGUGCGCAAUGAUCGAAAUAGAUCUGGGGGUGGCGUGGUCCUAUAUAUUAGAGAUACUAUAUCUUUCUCUGAAAGGGAAGAUCUAGUUCCAGAACCCCUAGAAAUGAUAUGUAUUGAAGUACGUAGACCACAUAAAGUGGCUUUCUUAAUAAGUACUUGGUAUAGGCCACCUAAUUCCAAUAAUGAUAUUUUUUACGAAUUUGAUCUAUUUCUGCGCAAGUGCGACCUUGAAAAUAAAGAAUUGAUGAUUGUUGGAGAUAUAAACUGUGACUUGGCUAAGGCAGUGCCAGAUUCCCAUACGCGGAGACUCCGGCCAACUGUCAUGCUCUCUAUAUCAAUUAGACCAGUUAAUUAUUGAGCCAACAAGGGUGACCGGGGGGUCGGCAACUUUAAUCGACCUGUUCUUAACAAACAAACCAGAAAAUAUAUCAAAUUCUGGUGUGAUCCAUCUUGGAAUUAAUAUCCGAUCAUAGUAUGAUUUUUGCAGUUAAAAGUAUAACAGUACCAAAAUCAGGCAGGCAUACUACCAGAGAAAUUCGUGACUAUAGAAAUUUUGUUGAAAGUGAUUUUAUAGAAGAAAUAUUGCAAGUCCCUUGGGAUAUUGCAUGCCAAUUUGACGACCCUAAUGUAUGCUGGCAAGCUUGGAAAUCUAUUUUCCUCGAGAUACUUGACAGGCAUGCGCCUAUGCGAUGUAAGAGAAUAAGGGGAACCUCGGUGCCUUGGAUAACAUCCAAUGUUAAAAGGUUAAUGAGGAAUAGGGAUUUUCAUAAAAAAACAAGCAAUAAAACAUGCUUCUUCGGCACAUUGGGAUAUGUAUAAAAUUGAACGAACAGGGUCAAUGUGGCCAUGAGAAGCGCCAAAAAAGUAUACUUUCGUGACAAAAUCAAGGAAUGCUCACAGAGUAGGGAUGUUAAAAAGAGCUGGAAUUUGAUAAAUACUUUACUAAGCAGAAAUAAGAAAUCAUCCAAUGUUAAUGAACUUCAUAUCAAUAAUUCAGUUAUCGUAGAUAAUAAGCAAAUAGCUGAUGCCUUUAAUGAAUAUUUCGUACAAAUUGGCCCUAAGCUAGCGGCUGAAGUGUGUGACCCAACCAGUCAAUUUACAAACAGCUCGGAGACCCAAGAUUGUUCCAACAGUUAUCUUGGCCCACGCUUUGUUUUUCUCAAAUUAAUCAAAUCAAUGUCGCCACAAGUUGAAGGCAACUUAAAGUCUCAAAAGCUACGGGUAUGGAUAACAUACCUGCAAAAAUACUUAAAAUAUCAGCAGAUAUAA